AUGACGUUCUUAAAUCGCCGACAAUUGUCCAGCUCGCCAAUGCUAUCCUUUGUGGUCCUUCCCUUUCUUAUAUUCCUCCUCGGCUUUGCUGGGCCAGCUUCUGCCGCCGGAUCGGCCGUCCUGGGUAUCGACAUCGGCACGGAAUAUUUCAAGGCUGCCCUCGUGAAACCCGGCAUUCCGCUCGAGAUCGUCCUCACCAAAGACUCGAAGCGCAAGGAAUCGGCUGCUAUCGCUUUUAAGCCUACAAGAGAGAGUGAUGCGCCUUUCCCCGAACGGUUCUAUGGCGGUGAUGCGCUCGCCCUCGCGGCUCGGUACCCAGACGACAUUUAUAUCAACCUGAAGACUUUAUUGGGCGUUCCGUUCAAUGAUGGCCAGGAGGAUAUCGUUAAGAGUUAUUGGAGCCGAUUCCCCGCGUUGAGAUUGGAGGCCGCGCCCGAUGGUCGCGGCUCUGUUGCUCUCCGCAGCAACCGGCUAGGAGAGGCCCAGAAGAAGGAGGCCUUCUUGGUCGAGGAGAUCCUGGCAAUGCAGUUGAAGCAAAUUAAGGCUAAUGCAGAUGCGUUGGCUGGAAAGGGAUCCGAUGUCCGUGAUGUCGUGAUUACCUAUCCUAUUUUCUACACCGCGGAGGAAAAGCACAGCCUCGAGUUGGCGGCUGAGCUGGCGGGUCUGAGGAUUCAGGCUCUUGUCAGUGAUGGGCUGGCUGUUGGUUUGAACUACGCUACCAGCCGUACUUUCCCCAGCGUUUCUGAUGGCGAGAAGCCCGAGUACCACAUAGUGUAUGACAUGGGUGCUGGUUCUACCACCGCGAGUGUUUUGCGGUUCCAAAGCCGCAAGGUUAAGGACAUUGGCAAAUUUAACAAGACUAUCCAGGAAGUUCAUGUUGUUGGAGCUGGUUGGGACAAGUCACUUGGAGGCGACUCUCUAAACGACCUCAUUGUGGACGACAUGGUCGCCCACUUGGCGGAAGACAAGAAUAUCAAGGGCAAGGCUACUCCAGCUGAAAUAAAGGCGCACGGAAAGACCAUGGCCAGACUCUGGAAAGAUUCGGAGAAAAUUCGACAGGUUCUGAGUGCCAAUACCGAGACUUCGACAAGCUUCGAGGGACUGUACUACGAGAAUGUCAAUUUCAAGUACAAAUUGAGCCGUGCCAACUUUGAGAAGAUGGCUGCUGAACAUGUCGCUCGCAUUGGAACCCCUGUGGAGCAGGCUUUGACAGCAGCCGGCCUUCAAUUGAGCGACAUCGAAUCCAUCGUGCUUCACGGUGGAGCAAUUCGGACUCCGUUCGUCCAGAGACAAUUGGAAACCUUCGCCGGCUCUUCCAAAAAGAUCAGAACCAACGUCAACGCUGAUGAGGCAGCUGUGUUUGGUGCUGCCUUCAAAGGAGCUGCUUUGAGCCCUAGUUUCCGUGUUAAGGAUAUUCGCACCGGUGACGCUGCUGCAUACCCCAUCUCCUUGAAGUGGGACUCAGAUGGCAAGCAGAGAAACCAGAGGCUGUUUACCGCCACUUCCCAGGUCGGCCCUGAGAAGCAAGUCACUGUGAAAAAUCUAGAGGAUUUCGAAUUCAGCUUCGCCCAGCAUGUUGCCCAGGAUGAAGAACACCCCAUCCUUAGUGUCCAGACCCAGAACCUUACUGCGUCGGUUGCCAAGCUCAAGGAUAACUUUGGAUGUACCAAUGCGAACAUUACCACGAAGUUCACGAUCCGCCUUAGCCCCGUGGACGGUCUUCCCGAAGUCAUGGCUGGUACCGUUAGCUGCGAGGUGGAAGCUGAGAAGAAGGGAAUUGUCGAAGACGUCAAAGGCUUCUUUGGCCUUGGAAAGAAAGACGAACAGGAGCCCCUUGGGGAAGAUGGCGAACCUCGUGAAUCCAUCACCCUUGAGCCCGAGACGGAGUCUUCCACUGCAUCUUCCACGAUCAAGCUUGAAGUUAUUCCGAUUAGCUUGAAAUCCGUGGAGCUUGGAACUCCAGCGCCAUCAGUCGCAGAGCUUGGUCGCAUCAAUAACCGCCUUCUUGCUUUUGAUAAUUCGGACCGUGAGCGCAUCCUGCGCGAAGAGGCUCUCAAUGAAUUGGAAUCUUUCAUCUACCGCAGCCGAGACCUCGCCGAUAACGAGGAGUUCAUCAAAGCAGUCAAGCCAGACCAGCUAGCUAUUCUCUCCGAGAGAGUCUCUCAGGCCAGCGACUGGUUGUACGAAGAGAGCGACAACGCCAAGACUGCUGAUUUCCAAUCCAAGCUCAAGGAUUUGAAGGUCAUCGUCAACCCUGCACUGAAGCGGAUGAAAGAGAGCUCUUCUCGCCCCGCACGCGUGCAGUUGCUCCAGGACAUGCUCAAAAACGCUGAGUCCAUGAAGGAACUGAUCAAGAACCAGAUUGAGAACGACGAGCAGCUCUACUCCUCUUCUCUCUCAUCCGCAAGCGCGGCCGCCACCUCCACUUCCACUGAGACCAGCUCAUCGACCCCAGCCCCAGCCACUUCUGACGAAGGUGUCGAUGAUCUUGAUGAAGAUCCAUACUCUACUUCUUCAUCUUCUGCCACACCUACCAAGAGUAGCGCUACGGCUAAGCCCACAGGCCCCAAGUAUUCCCUCUUCACUCCUGCCGACCUCACGGCCAUCACCGAAGCCUACGAGUCCACCAACCCCUGGCUCGAGACCCAACUAAGUCUGCAAGAGAAGCUUGGGGAGUCUGAUGACCCUGCUUUCACCGUCGUGGAGGUCGACUCGCGGCUACGCGAGUUCGAGCGCAUUUUAAAUCGCAUGUAUGAGAGGAUGACUUCAGCCGCUGGCCAGCAGAAGAAGAGCAGCAGCAGCAGCAAUGGUAAGAAGGGACCAAAGGAAAAGAAGAAGCCCGAGGCCGAGAAGGCCAAGGAUCAGCCCAAGGAGAAGGAGGAUCUUCCCAAAGAUGAGCUGUAA